AUGAGCUCCGGUUCCUCUACUGCAGGCUCUAACGCCAUCUCUUCUGAUAUGGAUGAGUCAAACUUUCUGAAACGAAACCGAAUGUUGCAUUCGGUCCAACUGGGUCUCUCUUCAUUCAUCCUUGUUGCUGCCAUUGCAGUCAUUCCUUGUGCAGUGGUGCCUUACCAGCAUUACUUGGACACGGCCAAAUGGGCGACUGCGAGUCUCGCCCUAUGGCCUCAAAAUCUUGAUCUUCGUCCCACCGUAGCCGCUCUCUCAUGUGGCUGUGUUAUUACAUUUUUGAACUUGAUAUAUGUUGUUACUGCUCUCCUCCCUUCACCUCAUUCUAGAAUCAGACUUCUGAGCCUAUCCUCAGCUGUCUCAGCAUUCGGUGGCUUCCUCACGGCUCUGGUCUGCCUUCUGUUUAUCAUUUACCGCCCCUCCUCAACCUAUCCCACUGGCUUCACGGAGAAUGAAACCCUGCACAGCUGGACUUGCAAGUGGGAGCACAGCUCUGCGAAUAUUACUGCCCCAGCCCACUUUGAACGGGAUUGUCAUACCAGCCAUGCUAGCGUUGCAUUAGUAUCAUUGCUUCUCGGAUUGGAGAUUUGCAUGGGAAUUGCCGCCGCAGCUGGUACCUGGUUCCAGAAGAAUGUUGGUCGUCGACGUGAAGAGCAGGCUGAACUGGAGAAACUGGAGAUCGCUACGAAGCAAGCGUAUCGAAACUAA